AUGAAUACAAAUGAAUGGAGAAAUAUUGAUAAUACUUAUUAUGGAAAGCAAAAAAUAAGUAAUAUGGUUUGGAGCAAUGAAGAUAUAUUAAAUAAUAGUAUUGUUUGUUCAGGAUAUUUAGGUUUAAUAGCUGUCUUAAUGAAUAAAGAGAAGUUUGAUGAUUAUAAUAAGAAAGAUAAUUUAAAAAUAUAUACAAAUAUUGGUAGGCUAAUAUCAAGUUGCAGAUUAAGUUAUGAUGGAUUAAUAUGUUUUGGAUGGAAUAAAAAUAAUGAUUUAGUUUUAUUAUUUAAAGAUAAUAUAGUUAGAGUAUACUCCUGUUUUUGUGAAAAAAUUUUUGUUUUUUCAUUAGAUGAAAAUAUAAAAAGUGAAGGAAUAUUAACAGGAAAAAUAUGUGAAGAGGGUAUCAUUAUAAUAACAGAAAAGUUAAAUAUAUAUGUUAAUUAUUAUUUUAGUGGUAAUAAUUGUAUUAAAUAUCCUAAUAUUGAUUUAAAAGGAAAACCAAAUUGUAUUUGUGCAAUUGAAGAAGACAAAUUAAAUAACGAUUUGAAUAUUGAACAAAACUAUUUUGAUAGAAAACCAAAUAAUGAUUUACUGAAAUUAAAUUUAAAAAAUUAUAUAACAAAUACGUUCGAUAAAAAGGAAAAUAUAAAUGAAAGUAUGAAUUACAAAAACAAUGUGCUUAUUAAAAGUAAUGAAAAAUAUAAUAUAAAAGAUGAAAAUGGGACACAAAGAAAAAAAAAAAAUAUAUUAAUAAAGACCACUACGUAUGAUUUAAAUAAGACCUCUGUAAAUUCCAAUAACAAUAAAAUACAGCAAGAACGAAUAAAUGAAGAGCUAAAUAUACACAUAUUAAUAGCUUUAUGUAAUGGAGGAUUUGCAUUGGUAAAUAGAUAUCAUUACAAAUAUUAUGAUACAGAUUAUAGUCAUCCAUAUAUUAAUAUGUCUAUUUCAAAAUCAGGAACUAUUUUAGCGUUUUUAUCGAAUAAUGGCAUAAUAAGAAUUUAUUUAAUUAAUAAUUUAAAUAAGUGUAUUGAAGAAACUAUUUUAGAUAGUAAAAAAACUAUAAAACAAAUUGUUUGGUGUGGUGAUGAUUGUUUAGCCGUUUAUACUCCUAUGAUUACUCCAUCUAAUGAUAUACAACAUAUGUUAUUUGUAGGUGGACCAAAAAAUCAGUGGAUUCCAUACCAAUAUAGACAUAAUUUAUAUUUAAUUGGAGAUAUAUAUGGAGUAAAAAUUAUAAGUAAAGAAAGUUAUGAAUAUGUUAGCAGAAUUCGAAAAUCUGUCUUUAAUAUUUUUAGUAUAGGAAGUUGUACUCCUUCGGCUAUGUUACUUUACUCAUAUGAAAAGUAUAAAAAUGGAAACAUUUGUCUUGAUGAUGAAAUAAGAGCAUUUAAUAAUAAUUUAGAUGUUGCUAUUGAAGAAUGUUUAGAUGCUGCUACACAUGAAUAUAAUGAAAAUAUAAUAAACUUAUUACUACAAACAUCUCUAUUCGGAAAAAAUUUUAUGAAAAUUAGUUAUAACUGUAAUAAAUUCUUGUUAUUUUGUUUGUACUUAAGAAUAUGCAUGAAUGUUAGAAAACCUCCCUUAGAUAUUUUUAUUACAGCUUCAGAACUUAAAUUUAUUACUAUACCUACUUUUGUUCAAUAUAUUGUUAGAAGAAAAGAAUAUUUUUUAGCUUAUAGAAUUUGUGAAUAUGCAGGAAUAAAAACGGAUAAUAUAUUAAUUGAAUGGUGUAAAGAAAAAAUUGAAAAGUCAAUUGAAUUAACUGACGAACAAUUAUACUGUACUAUAACAGAAAAAAUAAAAAACGAGAAAAAUAUAGAUUAUUCCUAUAUUGCUUUUAUUGCUGCUAAAAGUUUAAGACCACAAUUGGCUACUAUAAUUAUUCAAUAUGAAGAAAACAAAAAAAAACAAAUUGAUAUGUUACUAAAAUUAGCUAAUUAUACUUUAUCAGUUGAAAAGGCAAUUCUUUCCAAAGAUAUUGAACUUGUUUAUUUAUGCAUUAUAAAUAUUAUAAAUCAAGAAAAAGAAAAUAUAGAUGGAGAAAAGGAAUUGUCUACAUUAACAGAAGUUUUUAAAAAUAAUAUCCAAGCUUCUAACUGUUUUUACAUUUAUUGCAAAAAAACAAAGCAAUAUAAGUUACUUAAGCAAUUUUAUGAAAAAAAUGGACAACAUUCACAAGCUGCUUUUGUUACACUAGAUCUAGCUCUUUCCAAAAAAAAUUAUGAACAAAAAAAAACAUGGCUAGCAUAUUCAGCAGGAUUUUUAACAACAGAUAAAAUGAAUAGUCAUAUAAAUUUUGUUCAUUCAUCAAUAAUGAAUAAUAUAGAUUUAUUAAACUAUCAAAAAGAGUUAGAAAUGAAGUAUAAUAAAAAAUCAGUUAUAGGAUAUCCUCAUAAAAUUCAAGGAUUAUCAUUAAUGAAGACUGUUGAAUAUAUUAUAUCAGUCGGUGAAUUUUUGGAUGCAGAUAACCUUUGUAAAAAAUUUAAAAUAUCUGAACCGAAGUUUUGGAGAUGUAAAAUAUAUGCACUAGCUAAAAAUAAAUAUUUUGAUGAAUUAUACAAUUUUGCAAAUUAUAGAGUAUCGCCAAUAGGAAUGGAUUAUUUUAUUGAAUGCUCUUACGAAUACGGUUCAAUUCCACUAACUAUUAAAUUAAUUCAAAAAAAUAAAGAUUUAAAUACACAAUAUAAGUGGUUUACAAAAUUUAAUAUGCAAAAAGAAGCAGAAAAUGUGUUAAAACAGCUAAAAUCACAAAAAAUUACAAGCACAAUAUUUCAAACAAUUACCGAUGCUAUAUCAAAUAUAAGAUAA